AUGAGCCGAUGGAUCCGACGACCUCUUCCACGCCCAGCUGAUGAAGAAGAAGUAGCAGGUCUCACUACAGAACCGCAAAAUCGUGGUAGUCUAUUGACGGUUCCGACUCUUAAUUAUCAAAGUUCAAAUGGAUCUAACUCUCAAGGGUCUGAAACGGACGAAGAUGAGAAAGAGUUCAGACAUCUUAUCGUUUCCUCAGAUGCUCCCUCCAUAGAUGAUUUCAUUAUUGAUGACUAUAUAACAGGAGAAGGAAAAGAUGCAUCUGUUCCUUUUGAAGGGUAUACCGCGCAACCGAAUCCCAUUAGUUCGCAUGACCGGAAUAUACCAAGUCAAAAAAAACUCGCACGGCAACAAUCAAAUCAUGGAGCUCGUUUAAAGCGAAAAAAGACACUUCAAAGAGUUGAACUCUUCCGGGGAAAUUUAGUGUUGGAUUGUCCUGUUCCCAAGAAGCUCAUUGCUAGUCUGCCUCAGCAGCAAGAUCGGGAAUUUACCUACGUUCGUUACACAGCUGCUACUUGUGAGCCUCAAGACUUUGUCAAAAAUUUAUUUACACUGCGACAACCAUUGUUUGCUCAACCUCGAAAGACAGAGAUUUGCAUUGCCAUUACUAUCUACAAUGAAGACGAAAUUUUAUUUGCACGCACGAUGCAUAGCAUCAUGAAGAACAUUUCUUAUCUCUGUUCUAAAAGAAGCUCUCCUGUAUGGGGAGUAGACGCAUGGAAAAAGGUAGUCGUAUGCAUUAUUGCCGAUGGCCGAACCAAAAUACAUCCAAAGACUUUAGCUUACUUGGCUUCCAUUGGCGUUUAUCAAGACGGCAUUGCCAAAAACAAAGUCAAUGAAAAGGAAGUCACCGCCCAUAUAUACGAGUAUACGACUCAAUUAUCCAUCGAUCCUAAUCUGAAAUUCAAGGGCUCUGAAAAAGGUAUAGUCCCAGUACAGAUUGUUUUCUGUUUAAAGGAACAAAAUAAGCAGAAAAUUAACUCUCAUCGUUGGUUUUUUCAAGCACUUUGCCCUGUCCUGCAGCCAACUGUUUGUAUAUUGCUGGAUGCUGGAACACGGCCAGGGGAUCAGUCGAUUUACCAUCUUUGGAAAUCAUUUGAUAUAAACCCAAGAGUUGCCGGUGCAUGUGGUGAAAUCGUCGCAAUGAAGGGAAAAUAUGGAUCUGGCUUGUUUAAUCCGUUAGUUGCUAUCCAAAACUUUGAAUACAAAAUGAGCAAUUUACUAGAUAAGCCUUUGGAAAGUAUUUUUGGUUUUAUUUCUGUACUACCAGGAGCCUUUAGUGCUUACCGGUAUGAAGCUCUCAUAAACGACGAUAACGGCAACGGCCCGUUGGAAAGUUAUUUUCGAGGAGAGUUACAAGAUGGUGAAUGCUCAGGAAUAUUUGAAGCAAAUAUGUUUUUAGCGAAAGAUCGCAUUCUUUGUUUUGAAUUAGUAUCCAAGCAUAAUGAAGCUUGGAUAUUGCAUUAUGUCAAGUCUGCAUUUGCCGAUACAGAUGUCCCCGAUCGUGUACCCGAAUUCAUUUUACAGAGAAGACGUUGGUUGAACGGAAGCUUUUUUGCAGCCCUUCAUUCCAUUGUUCAUUAUUAUCGGAUUUUUCAAAGCACUCACACUUUUGGUCGAAAACUUUUGUUAAUAGUUGAAUUUUUCUAUCUGUUUCUACACAUGUUGUAUUCAUGGUUUAAUGUUGGUAACUUCUUUAUCAUCUUUUAUGUCCUGACGUCCAGCGUCGCCCCAAAAGAAGCAAAAUUUCCUCCAGGUGCUGUACUUGCAAAAGUAGUAAACUGGAUUUAUGGGGCUUUAUUGAUUCCUUGUUUUAUCUUGGCAUUGGGAAAUCGCCCGCAUGGUUCUAAAAUCUUUUAUACUACAAUGAUAGUUCUGUAUACUUUGUUAAUGUGUUACCUCUUGUUCUGUUCCGCUUGGAUCGCGUAUCGUGGAAUUGUCCAUGCGAUGGAUGUCGCAAAAGACCAAAAUUAUUCCAUUGGAUAUGCUUUAGCCAACAACUCGAUUUUUAUAAACAUAGUGGUGUCACUAACUAUUACAUAUGGAAUGUAUGCAAUUAUUUCUGUAAUUUCUUGCGAUCCUUGGCAUAUGCUGACAUCUUUUUUUCAAUACCUGCUUCUGUCGCCAAUAUAUACCAACCUAUUAAGUGUUUACGCAAUUUGUAACACACACGAUGUAUCCUGGGGCACUAAAGGAGACCAUACUGCCUCAAACGAUUUGGGUAUUGCCAAAAAGGAUCAUAGAGGAACUGCUGUUGAAAUUGCCAUACCCACGAACGAAUCUGAUAUUGAUGACAAUUACGAAAAAGCUGUUCGUUUACUAGCAAGUCCAAUUGACAAAACACUCUUGUGUACAGAUGUGUCAAUAAAAAGACAAGAUUUCUAUAAAAACUUCAGAACGGUUGUUGUGUUGGCUUGGAUUUAUUCCAACCUUGCGCUAGUUGCGGUCGUCAUAAACUUGAAUCAGACAAAUGGAAUUUCAAUUUCUGAAAAUAAAACAAGCUAUUACUUAGCUUUUCUUUUUUGGAGCGUUGUUGCAUUUUCUGCGGUCCGUUUUGUAGGAUGUAUAGUGUAUUUAUUUUUACGAAUUGUUACAGGGGAGUAG